UUUCCUUUGUCUCCGGAAUUAUUAUCUCGUGCUUGACAUAUUAUGCCUGAAUUUCAGAGGUGUUUUGUACAGUUUUGCCACAGUCGUUGUUUCAGAGUGAUAACUGCUUUGAUUUUGGUUUGUUUUAUUCCUUCAUACUCGAGAAAUUUCUCAGAGAUGGCCCUCGUUCCUUACGACCCAUCGACGGCCAUUUUAAGCCCAUUCUACGCUAAGGAAAGAGCCUUCGAAUUUGCAGGAAGGACUCUUACUGUCUUCCAAAACUGGAACGAUGUUGGUGUUGCCGCAGUUAUUUGGGAUGCGGCAAUCGUUCUUGGUCGAUAUCUUGAGAAGACAGCGACACGACUGCAGGGAAAGAAAGUGAUCGAAUUAGGAGCUGGGACAGGUUUUGCGGGGAUAGUGGCUAGCUUACUCGGUGGCGAUGUUACCAUAACGGACCGCAAAAUGGCUCUGAAUACUACAAGGAUGAAUGUAGAGGGAAAUCUAGGGAAAAUCAGAAUAGAGUUGCCAUAAAGGAACUUGAAUGGGGACAAAACGUUUCAUCUUUUUCGCCACCUUUUGAUUUUGUUCUUGGAGCAGACAUCGUUUACAUCGAGGAUACCUUCAAUGAUUUGCUGAAAACAUUGCAAGACUUAUGCGAUGCAACUUCGGUAGUUCUAUUGUCAUGCAAAAUACGAUACGAUAGAGACAAACGUUUCUUUGAGCUUCUCUCUCAGAGUUUUAGCCAUCAAACUAUUUUGUAUGAUCAAGAGUUAGACAUCACUCUUUUCGAAGCGAAAAAAAUUUCUUAACUAUCUCAACCGAAUAAUCAGGCCCUCAUAGGAAAGGGUAUGUCCCUAGUCUGAAUUGUAAAAACAUUCAUUGGUAUUUAACCCAUUUUUAUAUAGUUUGUCGCCAUUACAUCUAGCCUUAUGUCGCUGUUUCAAGGCCAAAGCAUUAGCCUUCUUGGCAGGCACAAAAAGGGGAGGGGAGGGAGAAAAGCGCAAAAGCCAAUCCCUCUCCCUUUUUCCCUUCCUCCCUAUCCCCUAUGUCUGUCGGAAUUUUACCCUAACAGGGCCUCAAUGAUGGUCCAUUUGCCAGAUCAAUUCAGGUUUCUGGAUAACUGACCACCUACCCCUCCCCUAAGUGACAAUUUUGCCUUAAGUGAG